GAAAGCACUACUAAUAUUCUCAUUCAACGAAUUGCACUACCCCGCUUCUAUACUAACCAAUCCCUGUUCCUCGCACGGUGAUUUUUAAUGCCACUCGUAUGAUGAUGCGUGCUAUAUGUCGGAGCCUGUUGUCGGACUUUAUGUCCGGAUCCGAGUCUUACUCUCUCUUGCUAGGCUUAGAGGACAUAUAAAGUCAUCCUCCCCCUCCCUCCUGUACAGCUCGUUUUCUUCACUCAAAACUACAUCCACGUCAUAUAUACCAACAUGUCGUCUACUACCGCUGACCAAGCAACUGCCUCCCAAAAGCCGUUAGAGACUCGACUUUUUAUCAAUGGCAAGUUCCAAUCAGCUACGGAUGGCAAAACGUUCAAGUUGAUCAAUCCGUACACGCGCGAACCAAUUGCAGACAUCCACGAAGCAAACGAGCAAGACGUGGACAAGGCCGUGGCAGCCGCUAAAGCCGCUUUCCCUGCCUGGAGAGACCUCACACCAGAUGCCAGGGGUGUCUACUUGCGCAAAUUGUCAAAUUUGAUUCGCGAGAAUACUCCCGAGCUCGCUCGCUUAGAGUCCAUCUCCAUGGGUAAGCCUGUAUCCAUCUUCUUUGAUGCCGCAUUAGCGGCAGACAAUUUUGGCUACUUUGCAGAGACCGGCUGGCAAGCACAGGGAACUAGCAGCGUGAACACCCCUGGACAUCUAAACAUCUCACUUAAGCAGCCAUACGGCGUCGUUGGUGCUAUCAUACCUUGGAAUGCUCCGCUCAUAAUCUUCGCCUUCAAGACUGCCCCUGCUUUGGCUGCCGGAAACACCGUGGUGCUCAAGAGCAGCGAGAAGGCACCAUUAACCUCUGCCUUCAUGGCCAAAUUGAUUACGGAAGCCGGUUUCCCACCCGGCGUCAUCAACAUCCUCUCUGGCUUGGGAACACCAGCCGGAAGCGCCCUAGCGUCCCACAUGGACGUACGCUGUCUCAGCUUCACCGGCUCCUCCGCCACCGGGCGAAAGAUCCAAAUCGCAGCAGCUAAAUCCAACAUGAAAGUGGUCCACAUGGAACUAGGCGGCAAAUCCCCCGCAAUCAUCUUCGAAGAUGCGGAUAUCGAAAAAGCAGCCGAGAAGACGCAGUUCAGCAUCCAGCUCGGGAGCGGACAGACCUGCGUCGCGAACUCCCGCAUCUACGUACAGGAGUCUGUUGCAGAUAAAUUCUUGGCAGUCUUCAAGGAGAAGUUCGGUGCGGCUCGCAUCGGCAAUCCACUAGAUCCGACGACGACUCACGGGCCGCAGGCGGACAACAUCCAGUACGAACGAGUGAAGUCAUAUCUGGAAAUUGGCGAGAAGGAGGCGAAGCUCACAAUGGGAGGCGACGCCGGAAAUGGCUUCAUUAAGCCGACCGUUUUUGAGAACGUCCCUGAGGACUCCCGGCUCAUGAAAGAGGAGGUCUUUGGACCUGUUGUGGCGAUUAAUACGUUCAAGACAGAGGAGGAGGCGAUUGAACGGGCUAAUAACUCCGAGUUCGGGCUUUAUGCCUCUGUUUUCACGAAGGAUAUCGAUCGUGCGGUGAGGCUAUCAAAGCUCCUCGAAGCUGGUACCGUCGGUGUUAACUGCACGAGCCCCACUAUUGUGAAGGAUAUGCCGUUUGGCGGAUACAAACAGAGUGGCAUAGGUCGAGAGGGUAUAUUGGAAGGCUUGGAUAACUUCCUUCAAACAAAGGCUGUUUUGAUCAGUACAAGUUCUUAGUAGGUACAUCUGCUAUUGUUUUUGUUACUUUUGGAUAUGGAGCCUAUAUAGUAAAGCUCAUGGCAUUUAUAUACAUAUCCAUAUACACACGGUCAUACCUCUC